AUGGUCCGCUUGUGUGUGCCUGCUGGCGAUGAACAACAUGCCCUCACUCGCAGACCACGCCUCGGCUUCUCCGCCGCGGAACCUUCUCUUAUCGAGUCUCCCUCUCGCGCCUGUCUCCUUGCGGCCGUUUCGACUGCUUUCCGCUCCGUUCUUGGGUUCGCACGCCCUGGCACUUUCGUCAGAACCGCCGCCAUCUUUGGGCUGAUUGAUGGGUCGAUAACAGCAUGCGAUAUCUACGGGAGGCAAGAGCUGAACAGGGCGGUAUUCAAAUUGGACGGCCUGGACAGCCCCAAGCCCUGGAAGUUGUGGGAGCGUACAAGCCAAUGGACGCUUGAAGAUGCAACCUUGUUUGGAGGUGCCACAGGACUUCUUCUGGCUUCAAAUCCACGACUCGUUCUAGGCGCCAGUGGUUGGACACGGUUCCUUGGUAUAACUAUCACUGGAUGCGCCAUUGGGGCGAAGACUGGAGAAUGGGUAUUUGGCAGAGGCCCGCCGCACCAGGCAAAGCGUGUGGAAUGGGUACUUGCAGCGCAACGGCGCGCAAUGUAUCGCCGACUCUCGGAGGACGAGAAAGCAAAAGCGUCACUAUCCCGAUUUGGGCGAUCACUGCUCAUGGCGUACACUGGAGAUAGCCCAAUUAUGCAGACACUGAGCAGGCCAUUUCGAGGACUCAGUAGUAUGCCAAAUCCUGGCAGUGACGCAGUAUCUGGUCGUGCCCAUCAAGAUGCACAGAUGGAGGCCGCACGGCAGAUACAGAUCCAGCAGGCUCAUGCAAAACAACCUAUCCUCAUGCUAACGGAGUUCGAGAAAGAAGAGCUGGCGGCCCCUGAUUACGACGGUGGCCAUCGACAGUACUUUAUGGAUCCAGCGGAUACUGACAUAGAAAUACUACAAGAACACUUGGAACAUUUGAACAAGCUUCGUGCUUCUGAUGUCAAAGAGUUGGCGUACAUAUGGCAGGGACUGGCACAGAAAGAGCACCAUUUCCACCAAUUGUCGCAAGACAAUCCUGAGAAGGACCUAUUGCGUCGCGAAUUGCAGUUGCUAAACAGCCUGGCCACCCACUUCAAUACCCGAAUUGCUAUACUCGCUUAUGCGCAAGCUGAUGCCCGCAAGCGAAUCGAUCAAAUACGAAACGAGGACCCAGCUUCUGCUAGUAUGGUGCCUUUGCCUGUAACAGAGGAAGCUCUUCUCGGUGGUAACUGGAGAGAGAGCCAUAGCCCUCAAAAGUCUGCCGAACGUAUCCGGCAACGCUGGGAAACAGCCAGGACUGACUUGGCACAAGUAGAGCACGUUCUUUCUCAGUUUGACACACUGAAGGCUCAAGGUAGCACGAAUAGCCGUGCCAACGAGCAGGCUGAGCUACUCCGUAAAGAUGCAGGCCAGAUGAAGCAGAACAUAAUGGCUACGGAGAGACUGUUAAAAGAAUACGAGGACCAAAUCUACAAGGUCGAUGCCAGUGCUGGCAGUUAA